AUGGACCGAUCAAUUGACACACUUUGCCGUUUACUCGCUCGCGGCUCUCCCGGCAUCCUCGCCGAGGAGUGCUCUCUGCACCCUUUUCGUUGGAUUCUGGCCAGAAUGGUCACAAGGCGCCAUGUACUGUUGACCGCGAUCAUCAUGAAUUUGAUUGCCAAUGCAUUUAACGAUGUACCUGAGCAACUUCCCUUUUCAGCCUUGCGUUAA